CUGCCACUGGCCCUGUGGUCAGGCUCAUUUCGUGAAAUCGGUACGCGAUUCUUGUGCAGGCCUUCCCCUACUUCACUCGCGCUUUCCCGGACUUUGAUCGAACGUCUCGCACCGCCUAAGUCAACUUUUAGCAUCGUCGUCUCUUGCAUUCCACCCUCUCAUGGGGUCCACGCUCGAGAACCGCCAGACCGUCUCUGAUUUCGAUCCCAAAUCCUACUACACCUUCCACAAUGAUGUGUCACCGAACAACACGCUCAGCAGCGGGCUGCAGCAGAAUACCAAGGGGGCGGUCAACAUGACAAUCCAGCAAGUAUUCUCGUCGUCAGAGAAUUGGCAGCUAUAUUUGCAGCAAGGCCGGUACUUCAUCCGGAAUUACGACUAUGGAGGCGGUUAUCAGUUGGGGCUAGAGGAGACUUCGCCAUCAGUUCCGCGUCUGCUACCGAGGUCCGGGGCUCUCGGACAGCAGUGGUCAUUGACGCGACAGGAUGACGGAACAUGGAAAUUUACGAAUGGGCUUCUUGGGAACAACUCAGCUUUGGCGCUGUCGACGGGGAACACCGUUCCUGGAAUGCAGCCAAGUGAGAAGGGCACCCACUGGUCUAUCGAGAUAAACGUCUCGGCGAAGCAGCCCAAGGACCCUGAAAUGUACACCGAUGUCAAGGGAUUCGAGGUCGCUGUGUCUAGCUCUUCAUCUAUAGCCUCCACCACAACGGCGACGUCAACUGGAGGGUCAAUUGCUUCCGCAACCUCAGCGUACAAUCCAUCCCAUACCACACCCUCCUUAUCAACGACGCUAUCGUCGUCAACGCACAAGUCGGACUCUCUCAAACCGGGCGCGAUUGCUGGUAUUGUUAUUGGUGCUGUAUUCCUCUUGGUGGUGAUCGGCCUAGCUGCAUUCCAUUUAAUGUCAAGACGAAAAGAAAAGAAGGCACCUGCGGAAUUGGAGGCGAUUUAUCCGGUGGUACAUCCAGCGAUACAAGAACGACCUAGAGAGGAAUACAAAAAUAAGCACCUAGUUGAGCUUGCGUAAACCAGAAGGGUUGAAAAUUGAGGAACGAGGGGGCUGGCGGGCGUUGGGAAUUCGCCUCGGAGCAGGCAGUUGAACGGAUAUCGGAUUGACGAAUUUUGGUCUUCUCUGUCCCCCUUUUGGAAUGAUUAUGUCUUUGUAGUCUCUAGAUUUUUGCCAGGGGAAGUUUUGUUCUAUUGUAGUUGUCUUAGGAUGGGCUCGGUUGGCGAAUGACAGUCGAGAGUGUGAGCCAAUCACACAAAGAAUUGAAAGUG